UUGCACCAGUGAGUUAGGUGCUAUUUUUCACUUUACAGAGACGGAAACCGAGGCCUACGAUCUGUAUAAGUUUCGGGAAGCGGGUGAAAUAGCGGCUCCGCCCUCAAGAAAUGAGGUGUUUGGUGAAGGAAAACAAAGGUUUUUAACAAGAAAUAUCUUCCUGACUUCAAGAUUUCAGGAAAGAGUAUAUUGCAACUUUUGAGUUAAACCUGUAUGCAAGUGGAUUGACAGACCCAUUAAACCACAGAAGGUGACCUGUUGAGAAAAGUGAUACAAAUACUGAAAAAAACCUGCUCUUCUGCAUUAAGGGUGGACAAUGUCACAAGUUACAACAACUUAUUCUUUUGAUGCUCCUACGGACUUCAUUAAUUUUACAUCUUUGGAUGAUGAGGAAGAUUCCGAAAACAUAGAUUCAUGGUUUGAUGAGAAGGCCAAUUUGGAAAACAAGUAUCCUGGGAAUGGGACAGGAGGGCUUUUUCAGAGCAAAACUUCUGUGAAAAAGGCUAAUCUUCAGCAAGCUAAUGACACACCUUUGAGACCAGUUGACAACAUUUAUUACAAAGAGGCUGAAAAGGAAAAUCUUAUGGAAUAUUCCAUUCCUUCAAAUGCUUGUUCUUCCCUGGAAACUGAGAGAGCCGUAUCAAGAAAUACUCCAACCCAGCCUCAGAGAAGAUCUCUUAGACUCUCUGCUCAGAAGGAUUUGGAGCAAAAAGAAAAACGCCAUGUUCAAAUGAAAGCAAAGAGAUGUGCCACUCCCGUAAUCAGUGAAAUACCACCUUCCAAAAGAAUGAAAGUUUCUAUCAACAAAAAGAAACCAGAGGAAGAGGAAGGAGGCAGUUCUCAAGAUACUUCUCAAAAGACUGAAUCUUCCCCAGAGAAAGUCAAGGGCAGACAUACUAUGACUUGCACACCACUCAUAAAGCAGAAGGUUUUAAAAAGUACUGAGGAGCAAGAGUUGGAGAAGAGAAUGAAAAUGCAGCAGGAAGUGGUGGAGAUGCGGAAAAAGAAUGAAGAAUACAAGAAACUUGCUCUUGCAGGAGCAGGGCAACCUGUGAAGAAAUCAGUGAGCCAAGUAACUAAAUCAGUUGACUUCCACUUCCGCACAGAUGAGCGAAUCAAACAGCACCCUAAGAACCAGGAGGAGUAUAAGGAAGUAAACUUUGUAUCUGAACUUCGAAAGCAUCCUUCAUCUCCUGCUCAUGUGCUUAAGGGAUGUACCAUUACAAAGCCUUUUAACCUCUCCCAAGGAAAGAAGAGAACAUUUGAUGAAGCAGCUUCUACAUAUGUGCCCCUUGCACAGCAAGUUGAAGCCUUCCAUAAACGAACUCCUAACAGAUAUCAUUUGAGGAGCAAGAAGGAAGAUUUUAGUGUGUUACCCUCCAAAUCAUCUGUGACCAAGAUGUCCAGAGACCCACAAACUCCCUUACUACAAACCAAAUACCGGGCAAGGCCUGUUACCUACAAAAGUGCAGUGGAACAGGAAGCUGAGGAGCUUGAGAAACUGCAGCAGUACAAAUUCAAAGCACGUGAACUAGAUCCCAGAAUUCUUGAAGGUGGGCCUAUCUUGCCCAAGAAACCACCUGUGAAACCACCCACUCAGCCUAUUGGCUUUGAUUUGGAAAUUGAGAAAAGAAUCCAGGAGCGAGAGCCAAAGAAAAAAUCAGAGGAUGAAUGCUUUGAAUUUCAUUCCAGACCUUGUCCUACCAAGAUCUUGGAAGAUGUUGUGGGUGUUCCUGAAAAGAAGGUACUUCCAAUCACUGUCCCCAAGUCACCAGCUUUUGCAUUGAAAAACAGAAUUCGAAUACCCACCAAAGAGGAAGAGGAAGAGGAUGAACAGGCAGUGAUAAGAGCUCAACCUGUGCCACAUUAUGGGGUGCCUUUUAAGCCCCAAAUCCCAGAGGCAAGAACUGUGGAAAUGUGCCCUUUCUCCUUUGAUUCUCGGGACAAAGAACGACAGUUGCAGAAGGAGAAGAAAAUAAAAGAACUGCAGAAAGGGGAGGUGCCCAAGUUUAAGGCACUUCCUGUGCCUCAUUUUGACACCGUUAGCCUGCCAGAAAAGAAGGUGAAGAACGUGACCCAGAUUGAGCCUUUCUGCUUGGAGACUGACAAAAGAGGUGCUCUUAAGGCACAGAUAUGGAAGCACCAGCUGGAGGAAGAACUGAAACAACAGAAAGAAGCAGCUUGCUUCAAGGCUCGUCCAAAUACCAUCACCUCCCAGGAGCCCUUUGUUCCCAAGAAAGAGAAAAAAUCAGUUGCUGAGGGCCUUUCUGGUUCUCUAGUUCAGGAACCUUUUCAGCUGGCCACUGAGAAGAGAGCCAAGGAGCGUCAGGAGCUGGAAAAGAGAAUGGCUGAGGUAGAAGCCCAGAAAAUCCAGCAGCUGGAGGAGGCCAGGCAACAGGAAGAAGAGCAGAGGAAGGAGGAGCUGGCCAGGCUACGGAAAGAAUUGGUGCACAAGGCAAAUCCAAUACGCAAGUACCAGGCUGUGGAGGUAAAGUCAAGUGACCAGCCUCUGACAGUGCCUGUAUCUCCUAAGUUCUCCACUCGAUUCCACUGCUGAACUCUGCUGUGAGUUGCAGAUGCUGCUUGGCAACAGGAGCUGCUCCUUAUAUCACACCAGGCAUGGACCUACCUACCCAUGCCUAGCAGAGCAUACCUGACAACGGUGGACUCCAGUUUUGUUGAGAAUUGUUCUCAUUCAUUUUUGAGGCUAACACUGAGACGUGGUUCAUCUGUGUCUCCAUCAUACUCCUUAUAGUUAUUUCCUUUAAACCAUCAGUUGACCUUUAAUAUUGGACUUAACUCUGACUAGGAUUUUAGGUGUCUGUGUCAGCACAGUGCAAUUUCUAUUUCCCUUUAUCCCCUUCCUUUUUAUAUAAAUAUGUGUGUGUGUGUGUGUGUGUGUGUGUUUUAAUCAGAAAAUAAAGUAGUUAAAUCCUCAGAUAGGGUUUAAGUCAUGGUUUAAAUGAGGAAUAAUCUAUAUCAGAUUUUUUUUCAUCAUCUCUGCAUGAAAAUGAAUUUAUAGUUUAGAAGUCCUGCACCAGUGAGCAGGUAGAACAACACAUGGAUUCAUAGGGAACCACAUGGCACCAUUUGCAAGCUUCUAGCAGAGCUGCUAUAGGCACAGUCUCUCUCAUCAGUGCUGAUUAUAACAGGGAAUGGUGCCGCAUGCAUUUUAAGACCUAGCCUAGCGUAUUCUGUUUUGUUCUACCCUUCCUGAUUUUGUUAUUUAAUGUUAAGUCUGUCAGGUCCCUUUAGAGGUCAAAUCUUACUGAGGAAUGGGUAAUUGCAGAGGUGGGUCCAGGAACUUUUAAGAACAUAGACUCUGUCCUUAAAGGAAAAUGCUUUGUAACUUUUUUCUAUCUUAAUGUCAGAAUAUCCUCCACAUUUUACUACCUCCCUCCCAGUAAUCACCCAGUCAUGUGUGUUAUGCCUUUGCAUAGUCUGUGCCUUUUUCCCUCAAUGAGCUGCUUCUCCUCUUAUAAAUUCCUCCUUUUAAAACUUAGCUCAAGUAAAAUCUUUUAGAAAUUUUUUGUUAA